AGGUUAUUACCCAAAGAGAAAAGGUCUAGGCAUGAUAAAUACCCGGUGAGCAAUAUUGCCUGUCGUCAUAAUCUUUCAUCCCAUCAUGCCGUUCUCUCCUUCUUACGACGUACUCAUCGUUGGUGCCGGUGUAGCAGGGCCGGCCCUUGCUCAUGCCCUCGCCACAAAGACAUAUGCCAAGCGUGCUACUCCUUUGCGGAUAGCUCUACUCGAGCGGUCCUUGUCAAAGCCAGACCGUAUUGUCGCUGAAUUGCUCCAGCCCGGCGGCGUUACUGCGCUUAAACAGCUUGGUCUAGAGUCAUGCCUUGCAGAUGUUGGCUCCGUUUCUUUGUCAGGUUAUUACGUUCUACGACAGGAGAAUGGCGUUUGCGCCUCAUUCCCUCAAGGCCAUGAUGCGCGAGCUUUCGACCAUGGGGCAUUCAUCAUGGCCUUGCGCGACCGCGCACGGCGCGCGUCCAAUGUUGACGUGAUUGAGACCACAGUAGCCGGUCUUAUCGAGAGCGAGGACACACAUCGCGUAAUAGGUGUUCGGGCCUCCAAACCGGGUGGUCAGCUAGAAUCAUAUUAUGCUGAUCUUGUCGUUCUCGCGGAUGGUUCCUCAUCCAAGUUUAGAACUGCCGUCCUCGGGAACAUGCCGUAUGAGCCUUCGCAAAAGGGUUAUUUGGCAGGUCUGAUUGUGAAAGACCUGAAGUUGCCGGUACCCAAGUAUGCUACCAUGAUCGUCCUGAAAGGCGCCGGACCGGUCAUCCUUUUUGAGCUCCCCAACAACGAGUAUCGGAUGCUAGUCGAAAUGAAGGAGCCGCCGCCAGAUCUCAAGGUCUGUAAUUCCGUCUUGUGUGAUCGUGAUUGCUCUCUUACUAUCAAUAUUGCAGGAGCAUAUGUUGCGCGACGUUCUUCCUCAGCUUCCGUUAUCGGUACGCGCGCCCAUUCUCAAUGCUCUGGAAACGUCGCGUUUGCGACGAGUCCCGCAUUAUUAUCUUCCGGCAAUGAAGCAGGGAGAAUCUAGCAAGGCAGGCGCGUUUCUACUGGGAGAUUCGUUAAACAUGCGCCACCCGCUAACUGCGGGUGGAAUGACGGUCGCCUUGAACGACACAGUCAUCCUUUCUGAUCUCCUGGCCGACAUCGAGAACUUUGGCAACUGGGAU